AUGUUUUACUUUCUGCUCGACACCCUUAGCAAUGCGUUCACCACGCAUGCAGAGGCAGCGUCUUAUCCGCAUUCGAAAGCCGGCAUUCAGGAGCGCGUGACGGAGGGAUCCAACGGCAGCACUGCAGCGGGUGCCGAGGUGUCCGGCAAUGCAGCAGCAUCCCAGCUCGCCUCUGAUGCCACGUCCGCCCCGUCUUUGCAGCCGGCCGCGCCAGCAGCACCGGAGGCGCGCCUGCAGCAGCUGCUGAACGACAAGAGCUGCCGUGCAUGCACCAGCACGCGCGACCUCUUCGCAGCGUUCGGCUCCCACCUCCGGCACGCCGGCGGUGCCGCCGGCCCCGCGGCGGGCGCCAGCGCCAGCACGGGCCCCGGCAGCCCCCCCUCCUCGCCCCCGUCGUCAGAGGCAGCUUCCGAGAAGCCGCCGUUCUGGUUCUACGAGGAAGAGAUGCCGGAUCCGCCGGACGUGGUGGACAUCGGCCGCGCCACCUGGACGCUGCUGCACACGAUGGCGGCCUACUACCCAGACAGCCCCACCCCCCAGCAGCAGGCCUCCAUGCGCGGCUUCGUCGCGGCCCUCGGCGACCACUACCCCUGCCACGAGUGCCGCGCCCACCUGCGGGAGGACCUGGCGCGCGACCCGCCAGACACCGCGGGCGCGGCGGCGCUGUCGGAGUGGGCGUGCCGGCUGCACAACCGGGUCAACGUGAUGCUGGGGAAGCCCGAGUUUGACUGUGGGCUCGCGCUGCAGCGGUGGCGGGACGGGCCGCCGGGGGCUGGCGACGAAGUUUACGGCCUGGCGGCGCACAAUAGAGAGGUGGACGCGCAGCAGCAGGCGGCGGAGGCGGCUCCGGCGGGCGGCAGCGCGGCGGGUGGCGCGGCGAGCGGCGCGGCGAGCGGCGCGGCUCCAGGCGGCGUGGCUGACGCGACUCGAGGCGGCGCGGAUGCAGGAGGCGCGCCUGAGGGCGGCGCGGCUGCGGGCGGCGCGGAUGCGGCAGCGGCUGGGGCUGCGGCCGCGCUUGGGACAGCGGCUGCGAUGGCAGGGCAGCCGCCGCAAGGGCAGGCAGAUGCUGACGGGCACCAGGGGCGGGAGGGUGGCGGGCGGUGA